AUGGUUGAUGGAAAGAUGUGUCACCCGUCAGAUUCCCCGGCGUGGAAACAUUUUAGUGAAUUGCAUACAGAGUUUGCGGAAGAAAUUCGAAAUAUCAGACUAGGCCUGUGUACUGAUGGGUUUCAACCAUUUGGGGCCUUCGGGCAGAAUUAUUCAUCAUGGCCAGUAAUUUUGACACCUUACAAUCUCCCUCCAGGAAUGUGUAUGAAAGAUGAGUUCAUGUUUUUAACUGUUAUUGUCCCUGGGCCUCGAAAUCCUAAACAUCAAAUGGAUAUUUUCCUGCAGCCGUUGCUAGCUGAGCUAAACCAACUUUGGGAAUUUGGAGUCCAGACAUUCGACGUUCAUAGCACAUCUGGGAGACUGGCUUGCCCUCACUGCAUGGAAAAUACAGAUGCUUUCACGCUUAAAGGGAGUAGAAAACAGUCGUGGUUUGACUGCCACAGAAAGUUCUUGCCUCGUGGUCACCCGUACUGUCGUAACACAGCUCAAUUCCGUAAAGGGAAAACCGUAAACAAAGAAUUCGGACACCCGAAAACCGGAGAAGAAUUGUUGGCAGAGGUGGACAGUCUGGGGUUUAUGAAGGCAUAUGAAAUUGGGGCUGAGAAAAAUAAUGCUGCGAAGUCGGAAAAUUAUGUACUAAAUUUUCCCGGGAAAACGAAAGACCAUGCAAAAUCUAGAGAAGAGUUGAAUGACAUAUGUGAUCGGCCUGAGUUAGCUAAAGAUCCGGUUACUGGGAGAUUUCCUAAGGCGAUGUAUGCUUUGGACAGGGACGGAAAAAAAGCUUUACUUGAGUGGAUUAAGUUAAUAAGGUUUCCAGAUGGCUACGCGUCCAACUUGUCCAGAUGUGUCGAUACAAUCGGUCUGAAAAUGCAUGGAAUGAAAAGUCACGACUGCCACAUUUUUAUGCAAAGACUUCUGCCAAUCGCUCUCCGUGAGCUAUUACCGAAGGAAGUCUGGGAGCCUUUAACAGAGCUGAGUAUCUUCUUUCGUGAGUUAACCUCCACGUCUCUAACAGAGAUAGAUCUAGAUCGUAUGAGGCUGGAAAUCCCAAAGAUACUGUGCAAGCUGGAAUGUAAAAUAUUUGAGAAAGCUGAAAAAAAAGUCAGCAAUAAAGGGAGGGUGGAAGGAAGCAUCAGUAGCGGAUACUUGAAUGAAGAAACCGCAAAAUUUGCAGCUUAUUACUUUUCAGAAGGUGACCCAAUGAUACCUGAGCGGCCGCAAAGGAAUGAAGUUUAUGACAUUGAAGUCGAUGACGAUGUCGACAGAAUAUCUAUUUUCAAGCCGCACGGGCAAUCAGUGGGUGCUUGCCGCAAGAGAUAUCUUGAAGAUUCUGAGAUUGUUGCUGCUCGGACAUAUGUUCUGUUGAAUUGUUCAGAAAUUGAAAAUUACAGAGAGGUUUUCGAAGGCGAGUUGCGCAGAGAAAACCCUGAAAUCACCAUCUCUCAAAUUGAAGCGAAGUUCGAGAGUCAAUUUGCCUACUGGUUUCAACAAUACGUGCAAGAUCCAACUGUUUGUACUAAUCCCUUUAUUCUUAGUCUCGCUAAAGGAUCUCUUAGAUCAGUAAGAACAUUUAAGGGGUACCGUGUAAACAGAUUUAAGUUUCAGACUCAAGCUUAUGGGGAGGAACAACUUACUAUGAAUAGUGGAGUCUGCGUGAAGGGAACUCAAUAUGUCGACAGCGAAAAUGACUUUUAUGGAGUUCUGACAGACAUAAUUGAGUUGGAGUAUCCGGCUCUUCCAAUGAAGACGACUGUCUUAUUUAAAUGCGAGUGGUUCGACCCAGCACGAAAUUCUGGCACAAUUAGUAACAAAAAAUACAACAUGGUGGAUAUUAAUAACAGAAGGAGAUACAAUAAGUAUGAACCAUUCAUCUUAGCCGAACAGGCCGACCAGGUUCAUUACCUGCCAUAUCCUAGUAAAAGAAGGGAUAAAUUAAAUUGGUGGGCAGUUUGCAGGACAAAGGCAAGAUCUGAACUUGACAUGCCCAAGGGGAUUAUCCCGGCUUUUCAAGACGUGAUAGAAGAAAAUCCUCUCAUUGUUGCAACGGACGACAAUUCGACAUAUUUAGCUGAUGACAACGGAGAAGCUGAAGAAGAUGCGUUGUCCGUGCCUCCUGAUGAAACAGAAUCUGACUUUAUCGCAUCCUCAUCAGAUGAAGAUGAAAUUGAAGAACUUUAG